CCACAGGCCAAAAGGACCGACACACACUCACACGCCGACACACACACCAUGGGGAUGUAACCAUCCAUGGUCGGUCGCUCGACCAACGAGGGCGCUGGAGGCGCGCUUCCGCGGCCCUGACAGCCAGACCUCUGGGCCCCUCUGGCGUCCGAAGCCGCCCUGCGCCGGCGCAUGCAGGGUCUUAGGGAACGUUGUCUCAAGACCCGACGUGACAAUGCCAGCCCAGGGAGCUCGUCUCGUGUCUGGCGUCGAGCUUCUGCCGUGCGACCGUGGGCUACUGCUGCUGCUACCACUACUGUACGAAAAAGAGAGUGUGUGAGCGAGAGCUGCUUCCGACGUGCCAUUAAAACUAGCCUCGUCCCCCCCCCCCGCUCUCCAUCGUUGUCGGCCGCCUGUUCUGCUUUUCUGGUCGAGCCUCUUCCCCGACGGCGACCGCCUUGACUAACAAGCAAGCCUUCGACCUUUCCCGGCACACCGCGGCGCGACGACAAAGCAGCAGCAACAGCAACAGCGCGACCAUGGCUGACGAAAAGGGCCCCGUGGGCGCGACAGACCCGGCGCCGGCCGAGGCGCACUAUGAGCCUCGCGGGUCGACGCCCGUCGACGAGCUCCAUGUCCACGAGGAUGGACGGGUAGACCUUCCGCGCGGCUGGAAGUACAAGCGUAUCCGCUUCUUCGGCAAGGAGACGUGGUACGCCUCGCCCAUGGUCCAGCUGGGCUUGGUGUCUUUUGUGUGCUUCAUGUGCCCGGGCAUGUUCAACGCACUGGGUGGUCUGGGAGGUGGUGGCAAGACCGACGCUACCCUUGCCGACAACAUGAACACGGCUCUGUACAGCGCCUUUGCCGUCUUCGGUUUCUUUGGCGGCACCUUCAUCAACAAGCUUGGCGUCAAGUGGACUCUUGCUUUUGGCGGUGUCGGCUACUGCCUCUAUGCCAUCAGCCUGCUCGUCUCCGUCCACGCCAGCGUGAGUGGCUUCAACCUCUUCGCCGGUGUCUUCCUGGGUAUCUGUGCCGGUCUGCUAUGGACGGCGCAGGGCACCAUCAUGAUCUCGUACCCCAAUGAGGAGCAAAAGGGCCGCUACUUUGCCUGGUUCUGGGGCAUCUUCAACUGCGGUGCCGUGCUCGGCAGCUUGAUCCCCCUCGGUGAGAACAUAAACGCCAAGGGUAACGUCACCGUCACCGACGGCACUUACAUUGGCUUCAUCGUGCUCAUGUUCUGCGGCGCCGUCCUUGCCCUCAUGCUCUGCAACGCCAGCGAUAUCAUCCGCCCCGACGGCACGCGCGUCAUUCUCAUGAAGCAGCCUACCUGGCAGACCGAGCUGGUGGGUCUGUGGGAGACGCUGCGCUUCGAGCCCUUUGUCGUCCUCCUCUUCCCUAUGUUCUUCGUUUCCAACUGGUUCUACGUCUAUCAGCAAAACGCCGUCAACGGCGCCUGGUUCUCCACGCGCACCAAAGCUCUCAACGGCCUGCUCUACUGGCUCGCCCAGAUCGUCGCCGCCGCUAUCUGGGGCUACCUCCUCGACGUGCAAAACGUCAGCCGCUCUCUCCGCGCCAAGGUCACCUGGAUCGUCCUUCUCGUCCUCACCUUUGCCAUUUGGGGCGGCGGCUAUGCCUUUGAGAAGGGCUACACCCGCGAGAGUGUCGACCCCAAGCUCAACCCGGACUUUGAGCCCAUGGACUGGACGACCCCUGGCUACGUUGGACCUAUGUUCCUCUACAUCUUCUAUGGCUUCUACGAUGCCGCCUGGCAGGCCAGCGUUUACUGGUUCAUGGGCGCCCUUUCCAAUUCCGGUCGUCGUUCCGCCAACUACGUCGGUUUCUACAAGGGUAUUCAGAGUGUCGGUGCCGCUGUGGUGAACAAUCUGGACGCUCGCAAGCUGUCCUUCAAGGCCGAGUUCAUCAGCAACUGGGCCCUGCUGGGAUCGUCGCUCGUGGUCGCGGCGCCCGUCAUCUUCCUCAAGAUCCGCGACCACGUCGACGUCGAGGACGAUCUCAAGGGUACCGAUGAGACUGUGGCGGAUGUGCUGCCACAGGGCCACCCUGAGAAGGCGAUUGCUUGAGUCUGCGUAUGAAUUUUGCCCGAGUUCUGCGCGUGGUGAGAAGCGCCGGACGCGAUGCUGGGGAGAAGGGUCUCUGGUCAGAAUGGGAUGUUGUUGAUAAGCCUAUACCAAUUUUAAUAUUAUAAGGUGUAUCGUGCCGCGGCACAUGCAGAG